GGCACAGCUGAGGGAUGCUGAGGUAGGCUUGCCCGUUGCUAGCCAGUUAGCCACAUUAGCUGCGCCUUGUAAUCCUGGAGGAACAGUCGCUUCUUUUCCCCUUUCCAGACAAAAUCACCUGAGGGAGAUGCCCUACAAGCCAUGGAGAGGACACAGCGCAUGCGGUCGUCUGUUGUACACCCCCGUAUUGACAGCUUUUGGUUAGAUGUCAAUGUCAUUAUUCGUAGCUAGGGCUGUCUAGGUAGCUAAGCUAGUCUGUGUCUGGUUAACGCAGAGCCAAGGCCAAGGCCAAGCGAGAAAAGGGAGGCCAUCGGGCAUUUGCUCUGUAGGUGGACAGAGGAGGAGAGGAGUGGGACUCUAAGUUUUGGAUCAAACCGUCUUUUGAAGUCGCCUCCACUAUCUUCGUCAUUGUCACCCACAGCAGAGCCAUGUCCUCCUCAGGGUGCUGCCACCUACCUGGCUCCCUUUGUGAUUACUCUGGGAACGCUGAAUCUGAUGCCUCUAAGGAUUCGGAGGAGUCUGAUUCUACCGCGCAGGCCCAAUAUAUUGCCAAGGUUACGGCAAAGGAUGGCCGCCCACUUUCCACUGUUGUCAAAGCUGUGAGCUUACAGAGUGAUGUAGGCAUGUGUCGGAUUUGCCAUGAGGGAGCUGGAGGUGAGACACUGCUGUCACCCUGCGACUGCACUGGUACACUGGGAAAAGUGCACAAGAGUUGCCUAGAGAAAUGGCUGUCGUCCUCCAACACCAGCUACUGUGAACUGUGUCACACAGAAUUCACCAUUGAACGGCGGCCUCAACCCCUCACACAGUGGCUGAAGGACCCGGGCCCUCGCAGUGAGAAGCGCACGCUCCUGUGCGACAUGGCCUGCUUCCUCCUCAUCACCCCCCUGGCAGCCAUCUCUGGUUGGCUGUGUCUGAGGGGAGCCCAGGACCACCUGCAACUCAAGAGCAGACUGGAGGCUGUUGGCCUCAUCGCUCUUACCAUUGCUCUCUUUACCAUCUACAUCCUCUGGACACUGGUAUCAUUUCGGUAUCACUGUCAGUUGUACUCCGAGUGGAGGAGGACCAAUCAGAAAGUGCGCCUGCUCAUGCCUGACAUGAAAGGGGCUCACACCACCCAACGCUCUGUGCCGACCAAGUCGACCAAGAAAAUGACUGAUGAGACCAUCGUAUGAGUGCAGAGUGGUGUCAAAAGGAAUAUUUAAAAUAAAGCCCACUGACGCACUCUCUAAAAACAAAAUUAAUCAUAUUAAUGAACUUUUGCACUUCAUAUGGACCAUUCAGAGAGGGGAAAGCCAUUUUCCCUUUUUUUUUUUUUCUUUUGUUGAAGCACUUGAUGUAAACUACAGCAGUAUUGGCUGACCACUAAAGUGGUUUUGGGAGGAACUCAUUCCGGAGUCGUAGUUGAUGUUGAAAGACAGAGUUGUCGUCGGACAGCCAAUGCUGGAUGUGAACAGCUGAACACAUGGAUAUUGGACUAACCAGCCCGACUUCAUGUUCAUGACACAAACUAUUGAAAUACUAAGACACAAGCUAAUGUAGCAGGAUAUAACUGAUUCAGCAUGCUACUACAGUAUAAUAUGAAACAUAUUCACUUCCUGUAAUCCCCUCAUGCCCCUUCACAAUGUAUUUAGCUGGUUUUGAACAAUGGGCAUUGAGUAGCCCAGCGGAGAAUAAUAACCUGAGAACAUUAUUGACAGUCUAUCUGUGAAUAUUCUUUCUUGAAAACAUUGUUGUCUAUAAUCUGAACCCCUUUAAAUUUUUCUGGAUACAGCUUUUGUCAUUGCUGUCAAAACAUUUUCCUGUUUAGACAACAGCUAAAGCAUCACAUUUAUCACACACGAGGUCAGUAAAGAUUGUAUUAUAUGGUUUAACACUAACGUGCAUCCGUUAAACGAGCGUGCAGUUAUGUAAGAGGACAUAGUAUUGAAGGCGUGGAAGUGUUUACAAUCUAAUUGGGUGCAGUUUCUACUACUAUAGUAAAAGUGCAUUACCAACAACUCUGCUCCACUUGUAAAUGCACCAUUCAUUAAUUGAGCUGCCUAGCAAUGACUAGUAGUGUUACGUCCUACGUCAUAAGAGAUGAAAUUUUAAAUAGAAGAAACACAGUGUUCUGAAUAGUAAGAUGCAGACGUUUGUCUUAUAUAAAACAGAAAUGUAUCAGAGUGGCUGAUACUCAGUAAAGGUGCAAAAGAAAAACGUGUCAAAUCUGGUACAUUUCACAGAUUGGAGAUGUCAAUCAAUGUAUGCAGCAUAUGCUAAACAAGGUAAUUUGUGUUAUUGUAGUCUUCCUGCUGCAUCCCCUGGAAAGUUGGGUUAUUGUGCAAUAAAACACGAGGGACUCCUGGAUUCAA